AUGAUUGAGGUGGUUCUGAACGAUCGGCUUGGAAAGAAGGUGAAGGUGAAGUGCAAUGAGGACGACACCAUCGGAGAUCUGAAGAAGCUGGUUGUAGCUCAGACCGGAACCCGAGCCGAUAAGAUCCAAAUCCAGAAGUGGUACAAUAUUUACAAGGAUCACAUCACUCUUAAGGAUUAUGAGAUCCACGACGGCAUGGGCCUCGAACUCUAUUACAAUUGA